AUGUCUGAAGAUAACCAUCACGAUGGCAACAACGACACCGAAGAGCGAAAACCAUUGCUCGCUUCACCUGACCAAGAAGUAGCAUCAUUGCAUAAGUCGUGCGCUAAUCAUAGUCAGAAGCAAAGCUGGUUUGCCACGUCUUGUUCAGUCAAAGGAUUUUCGUUUGUGUUUCUACUUUGUAUUUUUCCAUUGUUGCUAUGUUGGUGUGGCUCGCAAAAUGCAGAAAAGGAGCACCCGCUCAAGCAUAUCGACGUUUGUUCCAUAGCACCGUCUCUAACUUGGUCAUCAGCACACACCAUUGCCGCUAACCUGUACAGCAAUUUGCGUGUUGGUCACGAAAUCACCGAUCGUCUUCAUGUCAUUGGUGGUUUGGUGCAAGUGCAAGUAAACAAUCAAGUCAGCGAACCAACUGUCCGCUUCGACCUCAAAUUGACCGAUGCCAGUCAAUUGGAUCUAAUCCAAAUCAAGCAAAUCACACAAAGCGAUAGAAUUGCUAUCCUCAUUGAUGCAAAAAGACCUUUAUGUACUGUCUUGAAUAUCCUUGUUGAACUCCCAACACCUACGGCACUAGACGAGCUUGUCAUUGAAACUUCUGAGAGCAGCAUAGAGAUCGACGAUGGCAUGCAUUUCUCAGAGAGUAUCAAGCUUGGCACAGUCAAUGGAAACAUUACUAUUUGGGACAGCACAGGAAAUGUCAUGGAGCUCACUACGCAUGCGGGACAUAUCAGCUGCUCUAUCCAAGAAAUUCCAAUUAUAACACAGAUCACUGCUCGCUCUACUACAGGCAAAAUAGUCUUUGACUACACUGGUGAUCCAUCCUCGUCCAAAGCAUUGGUGGACCAACAAAGAAAGAUUUCGGUUAAUCUGACUACCGUCUCAGGCGACAUUGAUGCACAAAUGAAGGAACAAAAAAAGGUCACUGCCACAUCAUCAACACAAAUCGCAGCAACCUAA